GUACUGUAUUUUUGCAACCGUGAGAAAGCAACAUGGAAACAUUUACUCGAUCAGAAACUGUUUAACAAUUAUUUGAUUCUAACCAAAGAAGCAGGUCUGGGGCCGGACGGUCUAAAAACAAAGGUUGAAAGGUCACAAUUGCACUUAAAUUUCUUGCCCAUAAAAAACAAAGCUUCGUCGAAAGUGUGACACCAAAAUAGCCGAGUACAAGGGAUGGAUGAAACCAUUAGCAAAACAAAAGAAAGUUUUGCGAAUGAAAAACUUGUGGCAUAAUGAAUUUAUGCGGUUUCAACUUAAACAUGGAGGAUCUCAACACUGCUGUCUCAGAAGAGACAAUAAACUGGUUUAUUAUGAUCAUGAAAAACGCAAUGUCAAAUAAGAAACCCAAGAGGAAUAUCAUGUCAUAGUCUACACACAACAAUAACACAAGGAAGUGCAAUAAGGGCCGGAGCAUUUCAGUUCAUGACCUUAAUCGAACUAAAUAAUCCUGUCAUAUAUAUAUAUAUCACUUACCGAUGGAACAAUAUACAACAUUGUCUUUGUUCUGAACCACAAAACAUUCGCUACUCAUGGCCCUCUGGCUAUACCCUUUGCAGAGACUGUUUGGGUCCAGCUGCACAACUACUUGAAGUAUGUCAGACCACAGGUGAAACAGCAGUUACCACACCAGGAACUUGUACUCUUGAACACGUCUGGAACCAUGAUAACCAAACCUGGAAAACCAGUGACAAAAAAGCAUGACAAACACAUUACGACAACAAAGAUUCAACAUGCCAUAGCAACCGCCGGUAACGAACUCUUGACAGACGUUGAAAGGAGGGCAGUCGCGAAGGGCAUCGGCCAUACCAUGGAGACUUGACCAUUAAAAAUGUACAUGUGAGCAUCGAAGGGCAGAAAAAACUCCAUAAUAAGAAAAGCUGUAAGGUCUCUAUGAAUGAAAUUACUAUAAUAGUGCUUUUUUAGUUCCUAAUAAACAUUAGUGAAUCAUAUACAGAUCUGAAUUAGUGAACCAACAUACAAAAUUAUCAAAUUGACAAAAUUGUUUGUGUCAAUAAUGCUUUGUAUAGGGUAGAAUAAUAGAAUAUCUGGUCAUGUAUCACUAUAUGUAACCAAGAGACUAUUGGAACAUUGCCUCGCACAAACCAUUAAAGACUAUGUCGUGUGUUUACAUUUCGAACUGCUAUAUUUGUAAAAUAAGACAUGCUAACUGCAUAUCUAACACUUUUCUGGUUCACAAUUGUAAAUUAAUAUAAACUAGAGAAUGUUUCAAUUCAAAAAAGUUUGAAAGAUGCUAAAUUUGGGCAAUGUUUAUGCGCAGAACAAACUUGACAUGAUCUUUUAUAAAAACACAUGGAAUUUUGUGCACCAUAAAAAUGUUUUUAUACUUUACAAAUAGCAUGGGAAGGCUAUUUUACAAGCCAAAAAUAUGUUCCUAGAACACCAGUCUCGCCAUCGAUUUCCAGGCCAGCAAAAUCUUGUUUGACAUCCAUGCCCAUCUGCGAGAACCUUGUUAGCUUUUGAUUUUGGUAUAGAAGUAAUUCUGUAAUUUAUAUUUAUUGAUUAUUUUUUCCUAUACUUCAGUAACUUUUAAACAAGAUUAACUUUUUAACAAAAAUUAUUCAAUAUGCAAAUGCAUGUAAAUUGGAUUCAUUUGAUACUCGAUAAUCUUAUGAUAAACUAUGUCUAUAUUUCUGUAUUUGUUACAUUCUGUUUGCUGUAACAUUGACAUAUUGUGGGUUUGUUUUAUAAUAGCCAUAAGGUUUGUUUGAAUUUUUUCGACAUAAACCUGGUUUUGAUGAUAAAUGACCAUGGCAAGUCUAGACUUGAAUACCGCAUAGACAAGGAGGUUAUUCAAAACAUACAGGAAGCGUUAAUUUAAUUAAAACCAACAUAUUAUUAUAAAACCUAAACCUUUAUUGUUAAUUAUGCGAUCAUUAAUAUUAUAGAAUGUAAAUUCCUUUGCAAGAUACUGAUGUCAAUAUAAUGAAGGCAGCAAAUACUGAAUUGAUGAAUGUUGCUAGGAGAGAUAUGCCUUCAGUAUUCCAAAAUAGAUCAUAUGGAGGGUUGUGUCAGGAGAAUUGGAUGGCUGCUGAAGUUAACAGUGAAUUAUCCAGUAGAUGGAUCACUGUUGCCAAAAUCUUGUCAAUGUUGCUUGAUUGUGACUUAAUCAGUCCUGGAAAGAAGCUACCACCCAUGUGCUUGAUACGUGGCAUAAUAAUAAUAAUUAACUUUGAAACAAAUGAUAGCGAUAUUUAUUUUAUUUUAUCACAACGACAUUUUGAUGCUUCUUGCAUCAUUUUCAAGUUAAAGAUAAGAAUUAUUUGUGGUUUGCUUUAAAUGAAUUAUAACAGUCCACAUGUUUGUAUCACAUAGACAAAUAAUUGCACAAGCAUGCAAAAUUCUACUAAAUGCACAAGACAAAAAAAUACUAAAAUAUUAAAACAAAAAACAUUUAACUAUUUACACGUAAGACAAACACAACAAACAAGAUUAACAAAUUAAUAUUAAGCAAAAAGCCUAGAACGUAUCGAGUCAGACUGAGUGUUCAAAGAUGGUUCCUGUUACCAAAUGUACAGCAUCUCGUAGAGAAGGCACUCGUACUUCCCUCGACACUUGCGCAGAAUCGAAAAGCAGUUCUCAAUCCUUGAUGAGCUCUCUCCAUGAUGAUCACACAUAUGGAUUCCUACCACUGAUCCCUUGUGUUCAUCAAUGCGUUGAUGUUGUUGUUGUCAAGUAUAGCCAAUAUAAUCUGCAUCGCAUAGAUCACAUUUAAAUUUGUAAACAAUGCAUUGAUGAUUCACAAGGGGCGGUUGACAUCAUCACGAACCUUUCUGCUUGUGAACACCAGUCGUAGGGCUUUCCCUACCAAUGAUCCAAGACCUGUGAGUUGCCUUCGCACAAUAUCGGCCGAUUUUUAUCUUUAAACAGCAAGAUAAGGCACACCACGUUUUCUUGCUGUUUCCUUGAUGUUCCCUUCACCUCCUCGUACUGCUUGUCGACAAACCCCGGUAUUACUGAAUCAACAAAUCCAAGUGGAUAUUGGAGAUGGACGAAAACGUUCUUCAAAUGCUCAUAUUCCUCGACAAUGUGUUUCCAUCAUGAUGACAAACGAAAUGCACGGUUUAACAUAGUGAUUAUAAGCAAACAUUAGGCAAAACACUGGCAAACAUUUAUGGCAAACUACUGGCAAAUGGCAAAACUGGCAAACAGCUAUGGCAAAACAGCACAAAACGUAAUAAUAAGUUUAAUUAGAAUUUUUUUGUAGAGUCAUGUGAUCUGACAAUACCAGGGUCUUUCACAAUGUUUAACCACAUUUAACGGCAGAGUAUCUGAGUUUGGUGGUGUCCAAGGCUAGUCAGCGAUCUAGCCUUAUCAGGCAAAUGACUGCAAUGGCAAACAUUUGUGGCAAACUACUGGCAAAUGGGAAAAAGCAUGGCAAACAGCUAUGGCAAAACAGCAAAAAACGUACUAAGGUUAAUUAUAAUUUUUUGUAGAGUCAUGUAACCAGAAAAUACCAGGGUCUUUCGCAAAAAGACCCUGUGUACAAGUAUGUAUUAAGUAAUGUGGCCAAACUGUGCCCCUUUGCACUAUGGCAAAACAGCAAAAAACGUAAUCCCCGAGCCGACGGCGUGAAGCGCCAUGCGAGGGUACUAAUUCCCCCUGCUAUUUACACCCAGGGAAACGAAAGCAUUAGCAAAGUCUAAAGUUCAUCAAUUAUCGCGGGCGUGGGUCACCAACGGUGUUUGAGUGUUGGGUGUGUGGUCAUCCUCACUAAUCUCAAAAAUAUGGCGGACUGUCAUGAAUAGCGGACACUGAUUGGUCCAAUUUAAAGUUUGCAUUAUAACGACUGCAUGACGACGGCGAAAUAGCAAACAUUUCUUCAUUUCUUGAUAAAUGUCUUGCAAAUAUAUUUCAUUUUUGCUCGCAUUUUGGCAAGAUUUUGUAAAUUUCAAAAGAUUUCUCAGAAAGAAAGGGCGAAAGAAUCAGCUAAAAGAAGGGAGCCGACGUUAACGAAGGUAAGUUUGUUCUAAAUAUUGAUUUUAUAAUGACUUUAGAACCUGACGGCCUUUGCGUAUAUGAAACAACUAUUACAAGACAGCAUAUAAUUUCAGUGUAUCUUUAAUAAUAUUGAUUCCCUUUUUUAUUAUAUUGAAUUUUUUAAAUAAAAAAGAAAGCAAAGUCAUUUGCAAGCGAGAAUUUGAAAUAAUUUUAUUGCAAACUCAAAGUUUAUCGAUAAAGCCAUUUAAUUAAAGGCAGUUUAGUUUUAUAAAGAACACUUUAAAACGUUUUGCGAAGCGUUUGUGGUUGAAUUUUACCUUAAAUUGAAGCUUAUAUUACGUAUAAUAACAUACCUAUAACAUAUAUAUGUUGGGAAAUUGAUAAUUUUGUAAUUAAAAGUGAUAUUUUUAGGCGAUUUUUCAUUUGUAAGAAUCUUAUUAAAUUAUGAAUUAUCGUGUUACCAUGACAACUACUUUAGAUACUUCAUGUUCGGAAAUGGUUUUGUCAGCAAGGUGAGGGUUUCUGCAUGCAUAUGUAUUUUCUAGUAAUAAGGUUGAUUAUAGUAGCAAUAGGAGUUUGCCAUGACAAUUCUGCCAAGGCAGACCUGCAGAAACAGUCAGUCCCUUCAAGUACAUAACCACCUUUAUGCACUUAAACAGAUAGUGCCUUGGCAGAUUGCCAUGGACAAUGGACUGCAAUGUACCACCAGCACCUACCAUGGGGGGAAGGGGAUUAACAGGAGGUUGGGUAAAGAACAAACAGAAACACAAGCCAGACUAACAAUAUUUAUAUUCAUUUUAACACCCUAAUUACACUAGCUAAUAAAUUACACAGUGUUCGUAUGGUAUGCCAGGUAAGCUGAACUUCUCCAUCGUCCUAAAGUUCUGGAUCAUAUGCUCAGGAACGCCAGCCAGGCCUGCUGUAGUAGCAGCACCAAUCCUGAAACUACGAUACUAUACCAGCCUGGCUCAGCAGUCGGUGAAGACGCUGUACAGGUGUAA